AUGCAAAAAAAAAAAAAAAACGACCCCACUAACUUGUGUGAGAAAAAUGGAAAUGUGCAAUACCACAGGAUGUAA